UUCAUUCUUCACUUCAUCAACACACUACUCUCAUAAUUCAACAUCUCCUCUAACUACAACUUCAUUCAUUUCCUUCAUUUUUUGUGAUUCUUUCAUAUCUUGUGCUACAAAGCAAAAAAUGGAGUUCACCAAGGCAAGAUCAAACCAAGGCCAAAUUCUAUCCAAGAUUGCAACCAACGACGGGCAUGGCGAAAACUCGCCUUACUUCGAUGGCUGGAAGGCAUACGACAGCGAUCCUUACCAUCCCACCAAAAACCCUCAUGGAGUUAUUCAAAUGGGACUAGCAGAAAAUCAGCUUUGCUUUGAUCUAGUCCAAGAAUGGAUCAAAAACAACCCAAAGGCCUCCAUUUGCACAGAAGAAGGCAUUGCUGAUUUCAGAGACAUCGCCAUUUAUCAGGAUUAUCAUGGCUUGCCGCAGUUCAGAAAUGCUGUUGCAAGAUUCAUGGAGAAAGUGAGAGGAAACAGAGUCCGGUUCGACCCGGACCGCAUCGUGAUGAGCGGCGGCGCCACCGGAGCUCAAGAAACACUUGCCUUCUGCUUGGCUGAUCGCGGCGAUGCAUUCUUAGUCCCAACACCAUAUUACCCAGGAAACGACAGAGAUCUGACGUGGCGCACGGGAGUAAAACUAGUUCCAGUCGUGUGCGAGAGCAGCGACGGCUUCCAGAUUACGCGGCGCGCCCUCGAGUCCGCAUACAAAGAAGCCCAAGACUCCAACGUGAGAGUGAAAGGGUUACUCCUCAACAACCCCUCGAAUCCACUAGGCACAGUGCUAGACCGAGAAACCCUACAAGAGUCGCUCAACUUCACCGCCGAGAAGAACAUCCACCUCAUCUGCGACGAGAUCUACUCCGCCACCGUGUUCGGGCAGCCGGGGUUCGUGAGCGUGGCGGAGCUGGUGCAGGACAACCCGGGCUGCAACCUCGACCUCAUCCACAUCGUCUACAGCCUGUCCAAGGACCUCGGCUUCCCCGGCUUCCGCGUCGGCGUCGUGUACUCGUACAACGACGCCGUCGUCAGCUGCGCGAGGAAGAUGUCGAGCUUCGGCCUCGUGUCGACGCAGACGCAGCGGCUGAUGGCGGCGAUGCUGUCGGACGAGGCCUUCGUCGACGGGUUCCUCGCGGAGAGCGCGAGGAGGCUGGGGAGGCGGCACGGGGACAUGUGCCGGGGUUUGGGGCAGGUGGGGAUCGGGAGCUUGGAGAGCAACGCGGGGCUGUUCUGCUGGAUGGACCUGCGGCGGCUGCUGAAGGCGGCGACGUACGAGGCGGAGCUGGAGCUGUGGCGGGUGAUCGUGAGCGAGGUGAAGCUGAACGUGUCGCCGGGGGCGUCGUUCCACUGCGCGGAGCCCGGGUGGUUCCGCGUGUGCUUCGCGAACAUGGACGACGAGACGAUGGGGGUGGCGAUGGGGAGGAUAAGGAAGUUUGUGGUGAGGAAGAGGGAGGAGGAGGCGGCGGCGGCGAGGAAGAAGACGAUGCAGUGCAGCAGGAGGGACCUCGAGAUCAGCUUGUCGUUCCGGCGGCGGCUCGAUGACAUGGUGAUGAUGUCGCCGCACUCGCCCAUGGCGUCGCCGCUCGUUCGAGCCAGGACUUGAGAAUUGUUUGAUUAAUUCUCAACUAAGUAUACUUGUUUUGGUGUUGUGAAUAGUUAUACAGCAACAUGUAAAACUUGAUUAAUUAACCAGCUUUUAAUUUGGUAGCUCAUAAAAUGGAUCACUAACUGAUCCAUCAUUUUGUAAUUAAAUGUAUUCGAAUUGUAAGUUAUUUUUUGAUGGAAAGAAGGAUUUGCAAAUUACAA